AUCGUUCGUUGCUUACUUUUGAGUUUGAUCGCGCUCCAUGGUUCAACAAUGUGGUGCUGCGGGGGUUUGUUUUGAUUGGCGGACUCCGGAGGUUUCCGUUUAAUUGGCAGCUGGCUUACAGAACUGACGGCCGACAGCCUGGAGUUGUCAUCACAAGAUGGAUUAACUUCGAUUCGAAGCGUUGGAGAGAUUGGGCAAGCAUCUUUCCGGCUCAGUGACUUUUACGUGAAUUAUUAUGGGAUUUCUUUGUCCGUUGAUAUGGUAGCGAGAAAGAGAAAAUUUGCUGGUGACAUGGCUUCGGCGGACCGCGCUGAAGGACUAACGAAAGGUCAGCAGAUCGAGCGCGGUGAACCUGUGGAAAAACGCUGAAAAAGUGAGAGUCGUUCAAGGCAUCAUCGGUACACAGAAAUUGAAGAACUACCGCAUUGUGCUCCUGCGGUGGCUGUCUCACAGAGAAAAAAAAAUCAAAAGCCCUUCGAACAAGCAAAUGCAACUCUCCAUGCUCACUUAUCUUCUUCACGAUUGCCGGCUGCCUACUGCCUCCUUCUUGAGCUUCUGCUCAGGUGUAAAAAGUGAACAUUCCAAAGACAACGGUUCGAUUGAUUGCUGUAGGCUCAUUUGUUGUGGCAAGCACCAUGGGAUAGAGGAUUAUCAACAGUGUGUGAACAAGUGAUUAGCUUCGAGUUAUCGAGAAGUGUUGGAUGCAGUGCCGAGUGCAACGUGGACCGCAUCUAAGGUCUGUCAUUAUGCCGCAAAAUCGAUAAUUAUGCAGUGCCCUUGCGGUUGCACUAUUGAGCAUAACAGUAGCAGCCUCAGAGGAAAAAGUGUUGUUACUGGUGAAAGAAUUGUGAAGCUAAGCAUCGGAGAAGUGGUCUGGGUCGGGUGCAACAAAGCUACAUCUUGGGGAACAAUCGUGAUAAACUGCGGUCAUGAGGCAAUCUGCGAGUUUGGAUAAACAAACACCUACUCGGCAGUCUGCUGAAAGAAUGGGCCGCGGUUUUCGAAAGUGUGACUAAACCAUGUGACAAUGUGCAUCGGAUCGAACGGAAAGCCAUUAGUGCUGUGAUGUGUUGGCGCAGUAAAUAAUCGUUGGGUUCUCCUGAGAAAGUGAACUCGGAAGACUUGGAGCUACCAAUUUUCCGGUUCCAGUGUGGUUUCCGUACAGGGUCCAUGAAUUGUAAGCACGACGAAAAGAGAAGAAAAAGUGGUGAUUAUAACGUCAUUGUUGGUUAUUCUGGAGGUGAGCGCGACCUGCUGUGAAGCGAAAGUCAUCAAAUUUCUCGCCUCCGUCUCCGCAACCGGACACGAUGAGGAAAAUUGAUGCAACUAAUGCAAAAUACCUGCUUGACUAUCUGUACUAUACACGAGACGAUGAACAGUUUCGUUUUUAUAAGAAGUCAAGAUCAUCUAUAUUUCGCGGCGUGAUACUGUGCCUGUGUCUGAACCUGACCUACGCCAAUGUGGCCCGAUUCCCACGUGAACUCCAACAGCAUGGGUCCGCUUUUCUCGUGCCGUACGUCAUACUCCUGCUCCUGGUCGGAUUACCGGUGGUGUUGCUUGAAAUUUCGCUGGGGCAGUUCCUCGGCCAGGGUUCGGCGCACAUGUGGCGCGCCGCUCCCUUCCUCAAGGGUGCCAGCUUGGUCGGACGAAUCGCCUCCUGGCUGGCGGCGAUCUGGACCUCGAUGCAUUCGGUGAUUGCGCUACUGUACGUCGGAAUGUUGUCAUUCAAAUCUGUGCCAUUUAGAGAGUGUAAUAAGGCCGUAACGAUCAACCAGCAGUCCAUUCACGACGGCUACGAUGUGGAACCCAAUAGCGGACAGGAAUGUUUGAAAUUAACGUUUCUACGUCCAGUGUGGCGAAGUUCCCUCUAUUUCGGGCUGCUUGCGUUGAGUCUGAUUCUGUUGUGGGUCAUUUCCAUGGUGUGCACGCACAGUGGAAAGAUUAACAGACGGUCGAUAUAUCUCUUUGGAUUUUUGGCGUUGGUGUUGUUAGUUUUUGAAACCGGCUGGGAAGUAACGAAAGCCAUCCAUGAUGAGUAUGUUCCAGGAUUGUGGCCAUUUUAUCCGGAGUCGUUUGCCGACAGCACGCUGUGGUUCAGUGCACUGGUGCAAGUCAUCUAUUCGCUCAAUAUUGGUAUCGGUGCAGUACCAGUCAUAACCGGGAAGUUCCUAUACAAAGGAGAUGCCAUCAAAACAUCAUUCGUCUACAUUUUCUUCAACAUCCUAAUAACAUCGAUUGCGGUCAUAUUCUACGUAUUUCAAUUUCACAACACUGCAAACGACCCACACUUGCUGUAUCCUGAACUGACCCCACUGACAUCCAUCUAUGAUCGUGCCGUAACGGUUCACGAGUUGGAUCGCCUCAUACAGCAGUUGAUCCCAGCACUGGGCUAUGCUUUGCUUUUCAUAUCCUCGAUUGUGUCCGUGACGAUCUACGUCUACACAUCCACCAGGAUGAUUCGAAAACAUCCGAACUAUACCGUGUGUUUGGCUGGCCUAGUUGUCGCAAUAGCUGGACUAUUGUGCCCGAACUACAUCUUCCCAAGGAUCCUGGACACACGAAUAGUUGGAUCGUUGAUAGUUUGUGCUAUGAUUUUCGAAAUAAUCCUAAUCAUCUGGGUAUAUGGAUCAAAGAAUUUGUACACAGAUCUGGAAUUUUCACUCGGACGACCUGUGCUCAAAGCAUGGCUAUUCAUUUGGGGAAUCAUUCCGGUGCUAUUGAUUGCGAUCCUCUCGUGGUGGACGAUCACGUAUUUCGACAACGAUCUACUCAUCGACUACUUUCCCAAGUGGCUGCCAGUGGUGUUCAGUUUGGGAGUUAUCAUGCUACUGGCGUGUGUCGAAAUCAGCAAGCAAGUUGACUACAACAUAUUUAGCAUGAUCCAUGGAGCGACGAAGCCAUCUAAAGACUGGGGACCAGCUGACCCUUUGGUUCGGCAUGCUUGGAAGCAAUGGAAAUCCGUCUGCGAAGAUACCGGUGAGCGAGACUUCACUCUAAGACGGCGUGGCACCAAAGACUACACAAACUCUAUCAAGAAGGGCCAGUACUCCCACUCCAACAAAUACGGAUCUUCAAAUAAAAACCUGUCGACUGCGGGGAGCAAUUCUCCCAACUAUAGCGGGUCUGUUUUUGGGGACUCGGCCAUCGAAGAGGACAUUAGUGUGGAUAAGUUCCCACACUACAAACAAAAGAACUCAGCGUACAGCGUCGAUUCCAACAAUGACAAAUCCCCUCACAUUUCCGCAAGCUCGCGAAAAUCUUCCAACAACGAUAAACGAACACCAAGUGAACGAAGCCAGGCAGGACUGAUAACCUCCAGCAAAAACUCCGAAAACGGUUUUACGUCUCGAAUAGAAAUAAUGAACGACGAUCAUGCGUAUCGGGGAGCUAUGGUACGAAAUCCACUGGCCAAAGCGGAUAAAACUCAACACUUUAAAACGAGUCAUCAUCAUCUCGCACCACCCUUGCCGGUGCAUCAUCCUUCCCCGCAGACGAUGAGUCAACAACCUGUGAAAGUGCAAAACCAGCAGAAUGGUCUCUCGCAGAACCCCUACCCGGAGGAGGGUUACAAUCGUGAUAUCUUCAUCAGCAACGGCCAACCAGAUCACAUCUGUUGGCGCAAAUUUUCUAUCAAUUCCGAAGAAUAUUCAACCGAGCUUUAAAAGCGACGAAAGUAGUAUUUAGCUAGGCAUGUUCGGGUCUUUGUUUGCAUGAAAAGUAAUUUGUUAAUGUUUGUACAUAUUAGUUCCAAUAGCGACGAGCUUAACGCGUAGGUACUUAUUAGCCCUACUACGUCUCUUUGCAGUAAAGCAACAAAUUCUAGUGAAUAUAUGUAUCAUAUGACCGUGGUUGAUGCGGGACAGGCCAAACUUAUUUAUUAAAUUUAUCAAGUGAAAACCUAAAUCCUAUUCUAAUUGUAUUUUAUUACUAUCUUACUUUCUCUCUUGGCGGGUAUAGACCCAACGUUAACGAAAUCUUCAUUACAGUACCUUAAACAAAGCGGUUUGUAAUUAAACGUACUUCAACACACAUUCCCUAAGUUUGUGUUAGGGUCACAAAUAGGACUGAAUCUUAUAGUUGAUAUUUGAUUUUGCAUAACGUCAGGUGUUGUGUAUAAAACUCUCGUUUUGUCCUUUCGAAACGAAUGUAAAGUAGAGUAGUGCCCAAAAUCGUAUAUCUUUCUAUAAAGCAAACAGCCAAAUUAGGAGAAACAAAUCGUUCGACAGUUUGUUUGCGAAAUCAGUCUCGCCUAAACGAACUGCCAGAACAUUGUGAUGCAUCUUUAAACUGUUACUUCCUACAACAGCUCUAAAUAUGUCAGGUUGGAACGAUUCAUAGGAUGAUAAGUCAAAACUUUAUUGUAAUUGAUUGCAUCAAGAUUAACAGAAUUAAUAGAAAAAUAUACAGAUGAUGUUAAUUACAACUGGA